AAAUUCAGUCACGCAAGCCCCAACCAAAAGGCAUCUGGGAACAGAGCAAAAAAAAUUAAAGGCAACGGUAAAAGUGACACUAGCCAAGAAGGUGAAAAACCUUUCAAGUGUCAAUACUGUGACUUCAAAACAGCAGAUAAAUUCAGAGUUGGGAAACAUGUACGAAGAAAACAUUCGGAUCUCCACUGUGUCUCUAAGUACUCUUGCGAUAAAUGUGACUACCAGACCACAAAGAGGUAUUAUCUCACACGGCAUUCCCUGAGACACAAAGACUCCUCCGAGGUCAAAAUAUAUCGCUGCAACGAAUGCACUUAUGAAACAAGGUACAAAGACUGUUUGAGGGGGCAUCGUUUGACGCACCUCAGUGAAGACCAGCUGAAAAUCCAUCGCUGUGACCGUUGCAGUUUCACUACAAAGUACAAGGGAGGUCUGACCCAGCAUAAGAAAACCCAUGAAGAUCUAUCAUCUGUGAAAACGUACAAGUGCGGAGUCGGAACGUGCACCUACCGAACCUUAGAAAAGAGCUACUUGAACAAGCAUAUCAAAAGACACGGAAAGCCCCCAGAACUGGAGACUCUUUACUGUCUGAAGUGCGAUUAUCAAACGAAGUACAAGAAGCAUAUGAGGGAUCACGUGCUGGUUCACGUUGGGAAAUAUGAAAUUCUCAACUGCAAGUUGUGUAAAUUCAAAACAAAGUGGAAGGAUAAUUUACAAACCCACAUGUUGAGAAAGCAUGGAUAGACUCGUGGGGAGUGAAGGACCUGAGAAAUUUCGUUUAAUUACUUUGAAAACUGUAGAUUCCUGAGUCGUUUUAUAAUUUUUUUUUCACGGAUAUUAUCGUACGUAAUGAAUUAUACUAUGUACUACAAGAAUUUGUACAAAUUUUAUUUGGGUGGUAUUUCAUUAUUUAUUGUUUUUCCAAUA